CUAAGAAGCAACAAUGGAGUGGUUUCUGUUUCUUUUAAGCACAAUUUUCGUCCAAGGAAUUCUUGGUUAUCACGUGGAAAGAGAAUAUGCUUGGAGAAAUGUUACUUUUGAAGGCGUAAAUCCAUCAUCGUACAACGUUUUAAACAGUAUCCCAACUGGAUUUGCUUACGAUGCAGAGACGCAGAAACUCUUUGUUGCAGUUCCACGGAGAUAUCCUCAAGUUCCUCAUACCCUAACCGAAAUCGAGAGGAAGAAACAUCCUGAACGAUCUCCUCCUCUUAGCAAAUUCAGUGGAAAGAGCUCAAAGGACCUAAUAUCAAUUUACCAACCAGUCAUUGACGAAUGCCGACGCCUCUGGGUUGUGGACGUUGGAAUGGUUGAUUACAAAGAAGGCCAGCCAAAAUAUCGCAAGCAAAAUCCCGCCAUUAUAGCUUUUGACCUAACAAAGGAAAAUUAUCCAGAGGUAGAUCGCUACGAGUUGCCUGCUGAAGUCGUGAAAAAUCCUCUGUCUUUCGGUUGCUUCGCAGUCGAUGUGAUAAAUCCAAAGGGAGGAUGCAGUGACACCUUCUUGUACAUCACAAAUUACGAAGAAAACACAAUUGUUGUUUACGACAAGAAAAAUAAGGCGUCCUGGAAAGUCAGCCAUGACUCAUUUAAGCCAGAGAAGGACGUUAAUAUAGUCCUCGAUGGUGGUAAGAAGUACAGCUAUAAGGUAGGAAUUUUUGGAAUAACUCUCGGCGAUAGGGAAGCCACAGGAAAUCGCAUGGCAUAUUAUUUGGCCGGAAGCAGCACAAAGCUCUACAAAGUCAGUACUGGAGCGUUAAAGAAAAAGGGUGCCAGAUUUGAUCCUAUACGCAUAGGUGAUCGUGGGCCCUACACUGAAGCCAUUACCUUGGUUUAUGAUCCAAAAACUAAAGUGAUCUUCUUCGCUGAGUCAAUUACCAGACAGGUUUCCUGCUGGAAUACCCAAACACCAUUAGAUUCAAACCACACUGACGUGAUUUAUUCCGAUGCCAGAUUUCUCUUUGGCACUGAUAUAUCUGUUGAUUCCAAUUCAACAUUGUGGGUCAUGGCCAAUGGUCAUCCGCCCGUGGAUGAUCCUGAUAUAGUAAAUAAUGAAUUUUAUAAACCUCAGAUUCGUCUGCUGUACGUGGACACAAGGAAAUCAAUUCGUAGAACUAGAUGCGAUGUAAAUGGCAAUAAACCAUAAGAUGUUCUAAUAAAACUUUGGAAUGUGAAGCUGAAAUAAAUAAAAUCUCUUAUGCAUG